AGAGGGGAGGUGAGGGGGAGAGUGUGGCUGAGAGGGAGGGAGGGAGAGAUGAACAGGAAGCAGUGGGUGGUGUCGAGUAGCGAGGGUGAGACGAGUGAGGAGGAGACGCAGGUGAGCACAGGACAAGACCAGACGACACCAGCCCAAGAGACAGUAGAGGUGGAUGAAGACGUUGGCACCAGCUUCCCUUGCCCGCCGGACUUCACCCGAUGCCCGUUGUCUCGGGGUCUGAAGCGGAAGACGGUGGCGGACACCGACGCUGAGCUGUGGCUGAUCAGAGCCCCCGCAAACUUCACCCCACAGAGUUUUGCCGGGAAGCGGGUGCCGCUGGUGGGCUUCCAGACGGUGCCGACGGAGUCGGGGGGCAAGCGACAGACGUACGGAGUGUUCGGGACCCUCGGGGGUCCGGUCGGGGCCCGGCUCCUGGGGGCCGGGAAGACCCAGCGAGAGUUCGCCGGCUGCAUCACCGUGGCCGAGAGCUUCAGCGACGAAGCGGAGGGCGAGGAGGGGGAGGGGGGGGAGCUGCACCCCAUCCCCCCCAGACCCCUGCCCCCCAUUCCCGAGGGGUUGAAGCAGCGCUUCCAGCCCUUCGGAGCCCACCCUCCGCUCCCCACUCCCGAGAAGGCUUCCCGUGAGGAGGAAGAGGAGGAGGAGGAGGGGGAGGGAGAAGGUUCCAAGCGGAAGAAGAAGAGAAAGAAGAAGAAGAAGAAGAAGAAGAGGAAGAGAGACCAGGAAGAGGCGGGGGAGGCCGAGAGCGAGGAGGUGUCAGUCUACACUCAGAACUCCCUGUCCUGA